CACGAGGCGGGUGACUACGUUGUCCGCGACAGUGACCGGUAGCAUUUGAUGGCUCGCGCGACAAAUGACCUUGAUCCGCCAGAAAAGCGUUCUCCUGCACUGCAGCAAAACUCUCGACACUCGCUUUCCGCUUAACAAGUACCUCCUCUGGCGGUUUCGAUUCCGCAGUCCAUUAAGUCCAUCACAUCACGGGCUCUACACAAUCACCGCAGCGUGCCAUGGCGAGCCGUUGGACUCACGAACAGUUGUCCGAUGUUGAUGGUGGCCCUUUUGACGACAUACGAUUCGAUUUCGAGGCUGAAGAAUCCCUCCGUCGUGUUCUCUUCACCUCCUCCGUGUCUCAUGAGACUCAGGACUCCUUCUCGGCCCACUGCUCGAGCGAACAUCAAUUGGAUUUUGCCAACUUUGCCCGAUCUCAGAUCGCAUCCGAAUCCGAUGGCUUCGCAGGAUCCACGAUCGGGCGAAGGCAAGAUCUCGACCACCUGAUUCCAUCGAUCCUACCAGCUCCUGCAUUAGUACAGCACUCAUAUAGCGUGCCGGACGCUACGCUCGGCUUCAGCAUUGCUACCGACAUGCCAAGAGCGUCUAAUAUGGCUGAUCAGACGGGUACCGAAGCGGUGGCGCAGUCAAUGUCGUGGUCUUCACACCGAAUAUGCCCAUCAUCAGGAGCGCAGUCAACUCCAGUGGCCCAAGCAAUCUCUGUCUCUUCCAAGGAAGAGAACCCAAUCUGUCCAGAUUGCCGAAAUGGGAAGCGCUUCAAGCGGACCGAAUACAAUGAAGGGAAGAAGUGCAACAAGCAUACCAAGAAAGACCAGAAAGAACAAAAGGCUGCUCAGACUCCACACUAUGUCCUCCGGAGUGUCGAGCAUCCUUGGAUUACUUCGCAGCAGGCGCGCGACAUGGUGUACCCUAUCCUUCCUCCUCUUCUGCUAAAAGGGGACGACUACGUCCAAUUUUUGGAAACCGAGCCCGAGUGGGUCGGCAACUUCAUCAGAGCUGCAAACACGGUCUACGGAGAAGACAGCGAGCCAACCAACACCCACGUGGAUCCAGAAUCCGACCUCGCCGUAGAGACUGCCCGCAUGCAUGCCGACAGGCUCCGCCAGCAAACCAUCUACAAUCACAAGCCUCACGAGGAGUCAUCCAAAGCUUGGUAUACGAACGAUUGGGUUGUGACCCGUUUCCGCUUUCUCUUCCAAGCAGUGCGCAAUUACCAUGCUGGUGGCCCGCAUCUCUAUCCGGUUGGCGGCAGCAACAAUGGCUAUGGCAGGGAUACAACAACACGCAUGGGUGACCGCUUGAAGAAGAUUGCUGCAACGCUCGCGAUCAAUAAGCGGGUGGUGAUGGAUGUUAUCGAGGGUCGCGGUGUUUGCGCGUUGGCAGCAAAUCCGGACGUGUAUGCGAAUCGGAAAGACUCAAACAACAAGUGCAAUACGAGGAAGAAGCAGAAGCUCGACAACGCCGCGAACGAGAGCAGUGCUGGCGAUCCAGAUGCUGCGCACCAACACAGCGAGGACGACUAUACGCCUACUCCUAGAGCGCCGACAAGGAAGCGUAGGAAGGGCAAGCAAGCACAAGUGCCACCGCCGAGAACCGAGCGCACGGGUUCUGUUCCGGAUCCGUACGAGAGCUUAAGUGUGCGAGGAGGCGACGGUGGCGGUGACGGCGUAGCAGCGCUUACAGUAGAGGGUGGUCGUCUGCACGAGCGCCGAAUGCAUUCCGCUCGAACCAAUCGGCAAAGCACUGGCGGAAGCAGUGCUGUUUCUGCGUAUAGCACGCAAGGCGGCCCACUGCCACAGCCUUCGAUGUCCCAGGGCGACGAUCCGUGUUGCCAACUUUAUGCUGCAUCUACCGUACCGAACCUUUCCAGCCGCAGCGGUGGACCGUUCACGAAUGCGGCGCCGCAAUGUCCCAGUAUGGGUUCAGGAACUACAAUGACAGGAUACCAACAAGGCCACGUAGCUCACAAUGUCCCGAAAAGCUCGGUCGAGUGGCAAGACCAGCUUCCAUCGCAAGCAGUCGCCCACAUCUUUCCGUAUGCGGGCGAACACGAUGCGCAUAAACAAACCUCCGUCCCUCUCGACGAUGCAAUCGCAGAAAUCUUGGAUGAGGGGCGAACGGCAGAUGAUCCCUGGGAAACGACAGGUGGUUCGUCCAACGCAGCAGGCCAAAGCGGCCUCCGCGACAUAUACUGAUGCGGAAUGCGGUUGGCUUGGACUUUCUGAACAACGGGUUUCACGCGAAACUUCCCUACUUGUCGGGCGUGGAGUUUCAAGUACGGGAGGUUACACACUUGUCAAGCGAGUAAUUAUGCACGGAUUAUCAUACUUAGACUGCUUACAGCCGACGGUUGGCUGGGCUCUAGAUUGGUUGUCAGCGUGUGAUUGAGUCUGUUCCUCAAUGAUAAUAGCGUGUAGACAGCAUUUACAGUUCAUCCAUACAAUGCUUCCAAGCAACGUACCCGUUGCAAGUGUGUUCUAUCGU